AUGAGGGAUGAAGAUGAUAUAAUGAUGGAUGUAGAUAAUGCAUCAAGGGAUGAAGAGGAAACAAUACAUGAAAUUCAUUUAGAGGGUGAUGAUAAUGAAUAUAACAGUAAUUAUGAGAAGUUAUUGUUGGAAGCUCAAUGUGAACUGUACCCUGGUUGCACAGAGCACACAGUAUUGUCAUUUGUUGUGGAGUUACUUAAAUGCAAAGUUGAGAAUCUGUGGACCAACAAAUCAGUUGAUACGCUGUUAAAAAUGAUGAAGAGGACUCAUCCUAAGCCCAACAAUAUUCCUGAUUCCUACUAUGGCUGCAAGAAGGUAUUAAAAGGCAUUGGGAUGGGGUAUGAAAAGAUCCAUGUUUGUAAGUAUGAUUGCGCCUUGUUUUAUAAGGAGCAUGCUGAUAAGGAUAAAUGUCAUGUUUGUAAUGAACCGCGAUAUAAGAACAAUGAAAGUCAGAAGAAAAAGAAGGUUCCUCAUAAAGUGUUGAGGUAUUUCCCAUUAGUGCCGAGGUUAAAGAGAUUAUUCAUGUCGAGACACACUGCAAGAGAUAUGAGGUGGUAUAAAGAAAAAUGUCGGGAUGAAAAGGGAAAGUUAAGACAUCCGGCAGAUUCUGUUGCUUGGAAAGAAUUUGACAAAAUGUAUCCCGACUUUGCUGCAGACCCACGUAAUGUCAGAUUAGGCCUUGCUAGUGAUGGGUUUAAUCCAUUUGGAAAUAUGAGUACAUCUUAUAGUACAUGGCCUGUGGUGAUUAUUCCUUAUAACUUGCCUCCAUGGAUGUGCAUGAAAAAACCUCUCUCUCUGCUGACUUUGUUAAUCCCUGGACCACGAGCCCCAGGUCGGGACAUGGAUGUGUUUCUUCGUCCAUUGAUUGAUGAGCUUAAGGAGUUGUGGGAAAAAGGGGUUGAAACCUAUGAUAAGAUGACUGAGUCUUUAUUUAAUCUACGUGCAGCUGUGAUGUGGACAAUAAACGAUUUUCCAGCCUAUGCAAACUUAUCUGGUUGGAGCACAAAAGGUUUCUUAGCGUGCCCAAUUAUCAAUAAACAUACACCAUACAAGAAGCUGACAAACAAGAUUGGAUAUAUUGGACAUCGUUGCUUUUUGCCUAUGAACCAUCCAUAG